UAGGACUAUAGUUCUGUUUACUAACAUAGUGAACGGAAAUUUACUUUACUUUCGAGAUAUAUCAGACAUUAGUGAACAUAAUUAUAAAUAUCAAUGGAGUAAUAAGAAUUAAUUCUCGUCUAUUUUGUACUUGAACAUUUCUUGUUGGAUUUCAGAUUAAACAGUAAUCCUGGCGGACAACGAUAAAUUCGUGACUUAUCCGGGGCCUUACCAGCCUUCGAGAAUAGUGGGGAACCUUUCUUCUGAAUCUUCAGACCUUGAUUUUGUGUAUAAUGAUGCCGAUGAACAUGUUAAUGAAAUGGCAGAAUUAUAUAGCUAUACAGAGGAGGCUGAUUUUUUUAUUCACAAAAAAGCAUUUGAAGACUUAAUGGAAGAAUAUGGUUUACCUAUUCGAUGGACAUCUAUGAAUGACAAACAGAAAGAAAAGGCAAUUCUACGUCUUCUUGACUCUAUAGAAAUGUCUCAACGAUCUACUAGAAUGCAAGCAGCUAGAGCAGUUUUGUAUUUAGUUCAAGGAGUUUUUGGUGAUUGCCUUGUCUUAGAGACACAAGCUGAACUGGCACGAGCAAAUGUUUUUCUUUUGUACAAUUAUGGUUUUUUCCAUACUUUUGUACAACUUUUAAAUAUGGAAAUUGAAAAUAGUAGUGCUGCAACAUCUGCAUUAAGAAAACCGGCUGUAUCUUUAGGAGAUAGUACUGAUAUUCGCAUCAUUUUGAAUGUUUUGUACACUUUUGUUGAAGUCAUGCGUGUUGAAGUGGAAUCAGAUACAGAUGAGAUGAAAAAAUGCAGAGAAACUUUUCAGAAAGAAAUAGGCUUACCUUUAUUAGGGGAGGAUCUUCUAGCUCAUGUUUUAUUUCAAAUGGUUACAAGAUUCUGUAGUGGUAGUGCACCUCACUUUCCAAUCAAAAAGAUUUUACUCUUGCUGUGGAAAACAAUUUUGGUCUCAUUAGGUGGAACAGAUGAGUUACGGAGAUUAAAAGCAAAAUAUCGUGCUGAAGCCGGUUUACCACCAGUUCCUGAUGAUACUAUUGAAGUUACAAGAACUAUGAGAGCAGCAUCUCCUCCUGCCUCUGCAGCUGAUCUGAUUGAAUCUCAACAAUCAAGAAAGAACUACAGACAAUUCAGACGUCAACAAAGUUUGGUGAAGCAGAAUAGUAUGGAUGAAGCAUAUCAAGACUUAGAUGGAGAUUCUUUGUCAGGACCUGAUGAUGAGCUGCGUUAUAUUGAAGAGCAUCAAGCUCAAGCUGUUGGAGAGGAUGAAUAUAGACCUCCAACUCCACGACCUUCAACACCACUGCCAACAUCAGCAUCAGAUCAAAAUAAUUCUGCUUCAAAUAAAGGACUUCCAUGGGUUCCCAAAGUUCGAACGAAAGAUAUUAUGAAUUUUUUAGAUCAUACAAGAAUAAAAUUUGUUGGAUUUCAGUUAAACAAUGACCAGACAUCUUUGGCUGGACUUCCUCUUCCUAUACAUGAAGGACUUAAAGUUUUAAAACAGCAUAUGUAUAUAUCCCUAGCAGAAGUUCAAAUAAAGAAAGAAGAGGAAAUUGCAAAAUUACCUUUAUCAAAAAAAGAAACUUGUAUACCCCAAACGCCUGUUGAAAUAUUAUACCAAGCAAUUCUACCAAGUUUGCCGCAGUACAUGAUUGCUUUGUUGAAAAUACUGUUGGCUGCAGCGCCUACUUCAAAAGCUAAAACUGAAUCGAUCAAUAUUAUGGCUGAUGUUUUACCUGAAGAGAUGCCGAUGACAGUUAUUCAAUCUCUUAAGUUAGGAAUUGAUGUUAACCGCCACAAAGAAAUUAUUGUAAAAGCCAUAUCAGGAAUUAUUUUGUUAUUGUUGAAGCAUCUGAAGAUAAACCAUGUUUAUCAGUUCGAAUACAUGAGCCAACAACUUAUGUUUGCUAAUUGCAUUCCACUGGUUCUCAAGUUUUUCAAUCAAAAUAUUAUGUCUUACGUAGGUGCAAAAAAUACAAUCUCUGUAAUUGAUUUCCCAGCGUGUGUUAUUGGUGAAACACCAGAAGUAACAGAAGAAACUUUGGAAAUGGGAGAUCAACAGCCUUAUUGCUGGCGAAAUUUAUUCACCUGCAUUAACCUGCUGCGCUUACUAAAUAAACUUACGAAAUUAAAGCAUUCAAGAAUUAUGAUGUUGGUUGUUUUUAAAUCAGCUCCAAUUUUAAAACGUGCUUUGAAAGUGAAACAUGGAAUGAUGCAGCUUUACGUCUUGAAGUUGCUAAAAAUGCAAAUGCGUUACCUUGGGAGGCAGUGGCGCAAAAGUAACAUGAAGACUAUGUCUGCAAUUUAUCAGAAAGUUCGGCACAUGUUGAAUGAUGACUGGGCCUAUGGAAAUGACUUAGAUGCUAGACCAUGGGACUACCAAGCUGAAGAAUUUGCAUUACAAGCAAGCAUUAAUCGCUUUCAUAAUAGAAGAUAUGAUCGUUCUGGAUCACUUUGCAAUGAUCCUGAUUAUCAAGCAGUUGAUAACAAUAUCUUAAGUGUAUUAGGCAGAGAAAUCGAAUUAACUGAUGAUUUUAAAUAUCAUUAUGAAUCAUGGCUUAAGCGAGAAGUGUUCCAACUGUCAACUGAUUGGGAUCAACUUCUGAAUUCACAAUAUUUGUAACAUGUAGAAGUAAUUUCAUAUUUUGUACAUUCAUUAAUAUUAUUAUUCAUUUGAGAGAAAGGAGUUUUUCAGGAUGUUUAUCAAACGAAAUUUCAGAGAAAUUAAGUUCUUAUAAAAUUACACUUUAUUCUGUAGCUUUUUGUGGAAAUAUAUUUAAUAUGCUUGGUGUUUGUUAUUAAAAGUUCGCCUAUCUUUAGUAAUGUGGUCAAUGUAGCAUAAUAAGGAAUUUCACAUAUGCAAAAAUCAGCUCAAGAACUGUUUCCUAAAAAACUUCAUUUCUAAGCAUAAUGUGACAAAUCAUAUUGUGUAUAACAGUUUUUGACAGAUAUUGCAUUCAACUUCAAAGUAUACUUUUCUGAUAUUUCAGUAUGUUAAUUAUCAUUAUCUGCAGUUAUAAGAAUAAAAUAGAAGUUGUAAAAAAGUUUGUUUCAUACCUCUGUAUUGUUUUCCAUUGACAACGUCAAUUACUGCUGAUAAUUUGAUGAAAGGCGACUAAUUUUCUGUGAAAAUAUGUGAACUUUAAUUUGUAGUCAUUCUUCUAUCAUUGCUCAAUGCAAUUUUCAAAUAAUUUUUUCAGAUAAAAUAUUCACCGAUUUUUGACAAUAUAUUUGUAUUGAAUAAUUAAGCAUUUGCGUUAGCGAAAUUUGGUUUAAAAAACUCCAUAUUAUUUAUUGCCAUUAUUUAUAGAAUUUUUUACUAUUAUAAAAAUUAUAUAGUGUAUUUUUUAUGAAAGUGCAUUUGUAAAAUGAGCUAUCACUUAAUAAAAAAAACUGAUUGGAUGAUGACAUUUCUUAAAAAGUA